AUUUUCCCAUUAAUACAUUCCCAUCUAGUGAUCCUCGGGAAUCUGUGUAACCUCAUUUGAAAGCUCAAAAACUAGCAUACAGACAUAUUAUUUGUAAAAUAAAAAUUUCCGGAAGCCAUUCCCAUUUCCUACAACAAAUUCAAUACCCAAGAAACAAGAUCCCCUUUAAGAGAGAGGCAACCAUGUCGGGACACAGCUUCAAGGAUAAUAUGAGCCGACGCUCCAUGAGGUCACAUGCGAGCAAAACUCAGAUUGAGUAUGGGGUGCCGCAGGAACUGGACAUAAUGGGCAUUAUUUACAAGUACUUUUUGGAAGAUAUUCACACAUUCACGGACGAGGAGCGCGAAGAACGGCUGGGCAGCCUGGAUGCACUGGAUAUGCUGCGUACCAUCGAACAGGUGCACAACGAUGUCGCCACAUUGCGACUAGAGAACCACAUCAUGGUUGAGUUUCUCGAGAAGAACGAUCCGAAAUUAUUGCUGGGACUAAGGCAGCGCCGCACUUCGAUCUUGAAGAGAUUGCAAAACACUAAGCGUGGCUCCGUGGCGGGAAGUCGUGGUAGCCGCCAAUCGAGUUCCAAGCGAUCCAUUUCCAUGUCCGUGAACCGUUUGGCUUCGGUGACAGCCUCUGCCGGCGUUGGCACAGAAAAACGACGGGGCCCGGACUACAAGCUGAACUACAAGGCCAAGGCCGAAAUGGCUGAGAAGAGAGCAGCCGAGGUGGAGAAGCGGGUGACGGAUAUCGAGAGAAACGCCCUGCGAGAGGUGAAGCAGCUGAGGGCCAAGAUCGAAGAGCUUCACUAUCGCAGCGAGGAAACUAUCGAGACGGAGAACAACUUCAUGCUGCACUUUUUGCGCGACGAACAGGACGUGGCCUUCUUGGAGGGGGCCACCGAGCGACAGAUUGAGCGCAAGCUGCGCAAGUUCACCACGAAUUGGUUCAAGAACGCACGCGCCCUCAUGGGCACCAUGAAGUUGACCAUUGUUUCGCUGCAGGAGACGUGCCAGCAGCAUCGUGCCGAUCUCAUCACUAAAUCCGAUCUCAGUGGCAUCCUGACGGCCGUCGAUUUCGAGAAGCUGAUGAUCAAGCGAACCGAACUGGUAAACCAACUGGAGGAGAAAAAUAUACACAUGGCUGGACUCAAGGGUGUUACGGGCAAGACCUCCUUGGCCAUGACCGAGGAGAAGCAAGCCAUGAUGAACUUGGAGACGGAAAUGCGCACGGUACUCAAUAGAACCGAGGAAGUCACCCGAGCCAUACAGAAGCUAGAAAAGGAGGUGGCCGCCGUUCAGAAUCACAAUGCGAAGGAUAAUGUAACGCUUGAUGAACUGAGAGCCCAGCUGCAGGAGUACGAGGCCCCGAGCGUUGGCGAGUAUAUCGAACGGAAGGAGGAGGCACAUGUUCUCGAAAAGGAGGAAAAGAUGCUUCAGCGAAAGAUCUACAUCCUGAACAUGAAGCUGAACAAUGCCAUACGUCGUAAAAUCCGUAUGACUGAAAUGUAAUUACUUUAUUAUCCGUUGUCCCUUAUUCCAUGUUAGUAUUAAAGCAUAUUAAACAUACAUCUGCUAUCA